ACUGAGACCCAGAGCUCUGUUUCUCUGCUUACUCAAAGACAAUGGAGCUUCAUACUCCGCCCAACAACAAUGGCGAAAAGUCAAACGCAGAGCCCAAACAAGGCUUCCAAAACCCUAACAAUGGCGAGAGCCACGAUACCCACGAAUCCCAAGCCUUCUUUGAAGACUUUGACAGUGCUUGUUCCACUCCUUACGUUAGUGCUCCUUCGAGCCCAGGCCGUGGAGCCGUUAGUGGGUUCUUUUACAGUUGCCCAGCAAGUCCAAUGCACUUCGUUCUGGCUUCCAACUCAGUCUCUUUCGGUCAUCAGUCUUCUACCUCGUCCUCCGCCAUGGAUGACAGCUCGGUUCCUAUGGGGUUCGAGUUCGAGUUCUCUGCGAGGUUCGGUUCAACUGGGUCUGUCGCAACUGGAUCUAUGAGCUCGGCGGACGAGCUUUUCUUGAAUGGUCAGAUCAGACCCAUGAAGCUCUCGACUCACCUGGAACGUCCUCAAGUUUUGGCGCCAUUACUGGAUCUGGAGAAUGAGAACGAAGAAGAUGAUGACCAAGUUGAGCUUUCUUUGGAACCCAUUAGAGGCAGAGAUCUGAGGUCGAAGAAUAAGUCUUUAAGGAGAAGAACCAGAUCCAUGUCUCCUAUGAGGAACUCUCCGUUCGAUUGGGCCGAAGACAGCGAUGAGAAGAUCUCCGGCUCACGCUCAGGCCCGAAUGAGUGCGGUGAAGACGCUAAAGGGUCUAAUGAUUCGAAUCAGAACAAAAAUGGCGAAGAUGAAGAAGAAGAAGAUCAAACUCUCUCCUCUGAGACUACUACACCUUCGGUUUCAGCUUCUUCUUCGAGGUCAUCUUCAGCUGGAAGAAACUCGAAAAGAUGGCUUUUCUUGAAAGAGUUUCUCAGAAGCAAAAGCGAAGGAAGAAGCAAUAACAAGUUCUGGUCCACCAUUUCAUUCUCUCCCACCAAAGAGAAAAAGCCCAUGAAUCAAACUACUACUACCAGUACUUCUACUGCUACUGCCUCAACAUCUACUUCUUCUACUCAGGGCUCUGGUUCGAAAGAUCAGACUAAGAUCUCAGAUACCCAGAAAGCAAAAAAGUCCGGUCAGCAUUCCGGGAAAAAACCAGUGAUCGGAAAGCCGACGAACGGGGUUGGAAAGCGACGAGUUCCGCCAUCGCCGCACGAGCUUCAUUACACAACCAAUAGAGCUCAAGCUGAGGAAAUGAGGAAGAAGACUUACUUGCCAUACAGGCAAGGUUUACUCGGUUGUUUGGGAUUCAGUUCGAAGGGUUAUGGAGCCAUGAAUGGGAUUGCAAGAGCUCUCAACCCAGUUUCUUCCAGGUAGUGAGACCCCAAAACAAGAAAGAAAGAAACUUGGCACUGUUGAUGAAGUUUCGAAUACAAUUGUAUAGAUUUUUUUUUGCUUUAUUUUUUUUUCUUUUUCUCAUUAACUUUUUAUUUGAAGAUCUUCAUGAUAUGAUGAUAGUCUUUUGUGUACUUAUAAUAAUUAUUAUUAUUAUAAUUGGGGUUCUUGCUUCACUUUUUGUCUAAAAGAGAAGUUGGUCCCAAAAUGGGGUUGGUCGAUUUGUAGAUGGGGUAUUAUUACUUUUUCCCCAUUACUGCCUUGUAUAAGAGGUUUAGAAGUGUAUACUAUAUGUUGUUAGUAGAACCAAUCAGUUUAUUGUUUAUCUUUCUUUUUGUGCU